GUGUGUGUGUGUGCGAGCAGCGCGCCGUGGCCGCCGUGUUUCCUGGUGCCUGCUCCCUGACCCCAGUGGCAGCCCCGAUCACUGCACCGCGCCCGCCCCCGCCGCCGCCCCGCUGCCUCUCCCCGCAGCCGGAGCCACAGCCGGAGCCACAGCCGGAGCCGGAGCCGGAGCCAGGGCCGCCGAGAGCCGCCGGGAGCCGCCGCGGGGUCGGGCGCAGGCUCUGCCCCGGCCGCGCCCCCGCAGCCCCAUGGAGCGGCCCCGCUGAAAGCAUCCCCGAGCCGCCCGCAGCGGCAGCCGGCGGAGGGAGGGAGGGAAGGAAGAGGUCACGCCGGAGUUGAUGCGGAGCUGCUGGCACUCGGGAGCUGCCUGGAGCACGAUGCCCUGCCCUGCUGCCACCCUUGGGAAGCUGUGAGCUGCUCAUGUCCAUAAGGAGGAAGGAUGGCUCAUGGAAUUCCUUCACAAGGCAAAGUUUCCAUAUCGGUGGAUGAGUACAGCUCCAACCCGACKCAGGCGUUCACGCACUACAACAUCAACCAGAGCAGGUUCCAGCCGCCUCAUGUGCACAUGGUGGAUCCCAUCCCAUAUGACACUCCCAAACCAGCGGGCCACACGCGCUUUGUCUGCGUCUCGGACACGCACUCCAGAACAGAUGGCAUCCAGAUGCCUUAUGGGGACAUCCUCCUGCACACGGGCGAUUUCACCGAGCUGGGACUGCCCUCCGAGGUUAAGAAGUUUAAUGACUGGUUAGGAAACCUACCAUAUGAAUAUAAAAUAGUGAUUGCUGGGAAUCAUGAACUGACAUUUGAUAAGGAAUUCAUGGCAGACCUUGUUAAACAAGAUUACUACCGCUUUCCCUCUGUGUCCAAAUUGAAACCAGAGGACUUUGACAAUGUUCAGUCACUCCUGACAAAUAGUAUUUACUUACAAGAUUCAGAGGUAACAGUUAAAGGAUUCCGAAUAUAUGGUGCCCCRUGGACACCAUGGUUUAAUGGAUGGGGCUUUAAUCUACCCAGAGGUCAGUCUUUGCUAGACAAGUGGAACCUUAUUCCUGAGGGAAUUGAUAUUCUAAUGACACAUGGACCUCCCCUUGGUUUUCGAGACUGGGUUCCAAAGGAGCUGCAGAGAGUGGGCUGUGUGGAGCUGUUGAACACAGUGCAGAGGCGAGUAAGACCCAAACUCCAUGUCUUUGGUGGSAUCCAUGAAGGUUAUGGAAUCAUGACGGACGGUUACACCACCUACAUCAACGCCUCCACGUGCACCGUCAGCUUCCAACCCACCAACCCACCCAUCAUCUUCGACCUCCCCACCCCUCAAGGAUCCUGAAGCACUACUGCACCUUGGGAACUGGGCAAGGUCUAGAAACUGCCGUUUUCUAAUGACAAAACCCACAUUCAUUUAUGUGUUUAUUUCAAAAUAGGGGCUAGGGUGGGGAUUCUGGGGACAACCGUGGGGGUUUUUGUUCCUGGGUGGGGUUUGGGGCUUUUUUUUUAUUAUUAUUUGUAAAUUGCUGGUGCAAAAGAAACGAGAAGAAAAGUUAGAGGUUGUGCUUUUUGGAAAUGCAGCAUUCAUUUUGAAUUGAUAAAGCAUUGUGAAUUUGUAAAAUGAAUUUUGUUUUUCAAUAAAUUUGCCAUUGUAAAUUGUUAUAGUGUUCUCAAAAGGACAGCCAAGCUUUCUUUUAAUAAGUGAGAGACCUUAUUUUAAUAUUAUAUUAUAAGCUAAAAAAUAGGCAGCAUUUAAAAACACCCAAAUUUGCACAACUUAUGUUAUUGUCGGGGUUUUUUUAAGUGUCUUCUUUUCCCCUAGGUUUAAAUGUUAGCUUUUUAUCUCCAUUUAUAUCAACUUUUUUAGUAGCACAAACAAUGUUUUGGGGUCCAUUUACCUCUUGAUAUGUGUGCAUAUACUUAAACUUGUUUCUAUUCAUGGUAGAAUGCAGCAAGGGGAGAAUAGACUUCUCAGUUGUUUGUCUCUACCUGCUUUAUAAAGACUGAUCUAGAUAGCCACAGCCUGUAUGUGAUGUCUACCUUCUGUUGUUUCUUUUUUAAAUUAUUUUAGCUUUAAAGGACUGGGGGUGAAAGCUGCAAAAAGCAGGUAUUUCAUGCAGUAAAAAAAAAAAAAAAUGUAAAUGCGGACUCCUUUUAAAUAUGAAUUUAUAUAUAUAUGUAUUUUUUGUGCAUUAUAACUAAGCUAGGAUUUAAUAUUGCCAGUAUAGCAUCUGCAAAAUUAUGCUGUACAGCACAUCUAAAUUAUGAAGGAUGUGACACAUUUUUCCAAGUGCUCAAGGCCUUCAAGAGCCCGAGUUAAAUCUUUGUUGUAGUUCAGGCAUGUAUAGAGUCAAAUGGAUACAAUCAAGCCUAAAUAAAAUAAGGCUUAGUUGUCCUUUAUAUUUAAAUAUUCUUCUUGUCUUUUUUAUUUCCUUUUUCUUAUUUUGCACUGUGUGUAAAUGCAAUCUCACUAGCACAAAAUAUUGUUGCAGAUAGUUAUUUCUGUUCCACCACUGUAAAUGCUAUUGAGCUUUGUUCUGUUUUAUGUUACCUUGUUCAUGGAAUUUAGAAAAGCAGCUGUUUCUUUAAAUUUAUUGUGAUAUUAUAUCUAGCGGCCUUUAUAUGCAAAUAAAAUUGCAAGAU